GCCUGUUGGAGAAGCCGGCCUGAAGCCGAAGCAGGAUGAGUUGGAGGCUUUGGAGAAAGCCAAGAUUCGGGAUCGGAAAAGAGCCGGCGUACAGGAUGGCGAGAGCAUUCGAAAGAAGAAUGCUCGCAAGAUGAAGAUGGGCCAGGCGAACUUCUCGCUGAAGGAUGAUCGCGAUUGCGUGAACCCCUUCAUCGAUCACUCCAACGAUGCGCAUGUGAAGGGCUACACCGGAAAGAGGGUGGACAAGCGGUCCUCAGUCAAGCAGAUCAGCAACCUGAGUUUUACGUCUUAG